GGGAAGGCGCGCCGCCGUCUCUCACCAAACGAACAUGGCGUCACCCAACGGCUGCGCGUCCGUGCCUUGCCUCACCUGCGUUACCGUCACCAACUAGGCCGGCCCUAACCGGCCUACAUCGGUACGCUCACCAGGAUUACGAAAAAAAUAGAGCCGACAUACUUUUAUAUAUCGUCGUUUAUAAUCGUUGUGUAUCGGAAUUAAAGGGGGAGGGAAGCGAAGAAGCGUUACCAUGUCAACGGAUCGCCAAUACAAACUCCCAAAUAAAACCUCCUGGCUGAACAAGCAGGUCGUGAUGCUACAUUAUAAAGGAUUUUAACUGGGGAAAAGUAAUCUGAAAUGUGAAGGAUAGUUGCCCUAAUCUUUAAAAUUAUCUUUGUAGCAAAAAGCUUAGUUGGGAAUCGGUGACGCGUCGGAAUUCCGAUGUAGUGAUUGAGUACUGCUGACACCAUGAGGAAGCGGACCCCACAAUUGGUAAUCAGACCACAAGCAUCAAAAAGUGACAUGCAAAGCCCAGUCUCCUCUGUUUUAAAUCCAAGGACCAGAUCACCAUCCCCAACCAGCAGGCCUCGUACUCCAGAUUUACACAACCCCUCUGAUGUUGAUGAGCAGCACCUUGAUAUCAGCGACGAAAGUGAAAGUGGAUCUGCCAUUACUUAUUUUACCAGAAAGGAUACAGUUAGUAAGAGCCCUGGAAUCCGAUACAUUACGGAGGACCUGAUCAAAAAACUGUCAAAACGAGAACAGUUGGGUUCUGUACAGUCCCUCAAUCUCUGCCUGUCAAAAGCAGGAGGGAAGAAGUUUAAGUUUAUAGAAAACCUUGAAAAAUGUGACCAUCUACUUGUCCUGAAUUUGAACAACAAUAUGAUUGAGAAAAUAGAAAAACUGGAGAAACAAAUAAAGCUGCGGGAACUUAGUCUAUCGUACAACCGAAUUUGUAAAAUUGAAGGCCUGGAGCACAUGGUGAACCUUCAGAAUCUGAUGCUUGCUGGGAAUUAUAUUGAACAAAUUCCUGCAUGGAUUGGAAAGAAGUUGCGAUCCCUUCGUGUCCUCAACCUCAAACAGAACAAUAUUACAUCGAAGAACUAGAGAACCUUGAGAAGGAACUUGAAAAGAAGAUGAAAGAGAUUGAGUUGUUAGAACAGAAGCAAUCCAAGACAAUGGAGAAUGUCAGAAGCCA